AUGGCUGAAGCCGUGCCUACUACUGGUACUACUACUAAUGGCAAGGAGAAGACGACGGUGACUACUAACCAUCAGUUGAUGGAUCUGUUAUUGGAAGACGAAAAGGCACAAGAGCGGCAACAGCGCAUGUCAGCUCCUGCAGUCUCCUUAAAGACGAGCCUCAGCCAAGGAAAUCCUACUACUACUAACGGUACCAAUAAUAAUAAUAAGAGUGGAGUUCCUACCCCCGACAUGGCGCGAUCCAAAUCGAUGCCCAUGCAAUCCAACGACCGACAAGCUUUGGAAGAAUUAUUCAAACAGCAAGAACGAGAAUAUCAGCUGGGAAAUACUACUACUAUGAAUAACAACAGCAGCCAACAAUUUGGAGAAUUGUCGGCGUCCGAGUCGUUUGCGGAGAGCAUGAAUCUUCCGCCUAGCAACCACACUACUGUUCGACGAGAAAAAGGCGACGACAAAGAAGAAGAAGGAUUCACGACGCCCACCAAACGUCGCAACGGUAGCUAUACGAACAAUGGUGGACACGACGAAGACACUCCCAAACGGACCAAUCGAAGAAGCCAGCGCCCAACUUCCCACAGAGGCCUUCAAGUCGGCCGCAACAAUUGUCGUCGCGGGAGUUCCGGCGAAAUGGACGAAUCCACGACGAGUAUUCAUAAUGGUGCGGUCGUUCCGCGCUCUCCACAAGAAGACGAAGAUUUGAAAUUGAAGAAUAAGCAACAAGGAUACGCGUCCGACGAUGACGACGACGAUUUAAUGCACAUGGUAGCCCGACGAUCUCAUAUCGACGAUGGCGACUGGAACGAUUCGAGCCGCGCCGGUCUCGAGGAUCUCAUCAUGAACAACAACAAUAUCAACAAUAAUGGCGACAUGGACAAUAGCUCGGCGUAUUACUACUCCAACAAUGGAUCCGAGCAAGAACGUAACGAACGUCGCAACAUUAAACAGGCCGGACCGACGUUGGGAGCGGCUCCCGGAGCGUACGGAGCGGCACCGGGAUCACGACCUCGACGGGUACGAUCCAUUCGAUUCGAAGCGGUCGGACAACAUCAUCAGAAUAAUCCAGAAGAGGAAGAUUCGGCCUAUGCCGAUUAUUUGCAACGCGAAAAUGACAAAUUCGAUGGAGGCAGUAGUAGUAAGCAGCGGACCGAAAAACAGCAGCAAGUCUCGUGGGAUAAUCAUAACCACGAACAACACCAUCAACAACGACGACGAAGUGACAAGGAAAAUUCCAAGCGGUUCAAUACUCCUUCUGGCGCCAUGACAAUGACACAGGCAGGAACGAGAACAGCCUCCAGUAUGGGAUUGGUCGAAGCCAGAGCCGUGACGGGCGAAUCCACGGGAUCCAUUUUGGGAGAAGCCAAUGCCUACGAUGGGCCCAUGGAAGAAGAAAAACAACAAAUGAGAGAACAAAAGAAACGACGAUACAUGGGCACGAUUCUCUGUCUAGUGGUGGUCCCGGUUCUCAUUGUGCUCAUUCUGUGGUGGGCUGGGGUCUUUGAUAAGGCCACCCAAGAUACCAUUGUUGUCGGCACAGAAGCACCAUCGUAUGCACCAUCCGGAAGCCCCACGGCAGCACCCACACCCUUCUUUCUUCCCCUGCCGGAUUACACGGUUGACACACUUCAAAAUGGUCCUCUGGAUUCACCUCAAGAAAGAGCCUACAAAUGGAUCCAAGAUGAUCCCAAUUUUGAAGAUUAUUCGGAUGAGCGGAAACAGCAACGAUUUGCUCUUGCUACUUUCUACUUUGCUACCAAUGGUGACCUGGGAAGUUGGACACUGCAGGAUGAUUGGAUUUCUUACGAUGUUCACGAAUGCGAGUGGUUCAGCAAAUGGAUCAAUAAGGGCCCAGAGACGGCCCCUGUCUGUGAUGAACAAGAAAACCUUCUCUCACUCUUGUUGACAAAGAAUCAACUCUCUGGAAGUUUGGUCCCAGAACUAGCCAUGCUGUCCCAUUUGAUUGUUUUGGAUGUGGCUACAAAUGAAGUAGCAGGUACUCUGCCAACUGAAUUGGGUCUGUUAACAAAAUUGACGGAUCUUUCUGUGGAUGUCAAUGCAAUAACUGGACCAUUGCCAUCGGAAAUUGGUCUCAUGGAGAGCUUGGAAAUGCUGUUGGUCCAUACCAAUGCUGGCCUUACUGGAACCAUCCCUACAACCUUUGGCCAGUUGACGGUCUUGGAACAUUUCCAGGCUGGUGGAGGGCAGCUUGGAGGGCAGCUUUCGGGGACCAUUCCAUCAGAAAUUGGCUUGAUGACCUCACUGCAUAGUUUGACUUUGCACAAGAAUAUGUUGUGGGGCACCAUACCCUUGGAACUUUGGAACCUGACCAACUUGUGGGAAAUUUUGCAACUUAACAAAAAUGAAUUGACUGGAACACUGCCAACCGAGGUAGCCAAGCUGACCGACUUGGAAGAUUUCCGGCUUCAUACUACACUCAUGACAGGAACACUGCCCUCAGAGCUGGGAGCCAUGACAAAGUUGACUUACAUGGACCUCUGCUGUGGCUCAUUUGAGAGCUCCAUUCCGUCUGAGAUUGGACUUCUCUCGGCACUUUACAGACUAUACCUGGAAAACAACAACCUUUCUGGAUCCCUACCCUCUGAAAUGGGUCUGGUGAAAGAGCUUGACCGACUUUUUCUACACAGCAAUAAGCUCUCUGGAACCCUUCCUACUGAAAUAUCUCUUCUCAGACAACUGAAACGGCUAAGGCUGUACAUCAAUUCCUUUUCUGGCCCCUUGCCAUCUGAACUCGGCUUGAUGGCCAAUUUGACACAAUUUAAUGUGGAAUCCAAUGCUUUCAAUGGUAGGCUUCCCACAGAGUUGGGCCAACUGUCUUCCUUGGAAUUCCUGUUUCUGGGAGAAAAUCCCAUCACCAGCACUCUCCCCACAGAGAUUGGUCUCUUGCACAAAACCCUUGAAAAUCUUUCUGUCCAAUCUGCCAAAAUCUUUGGAUUCCUACCAACAGAAAUAGGUCUGUUGUCAUCCUUGACCAAUCUUGAUCUGUCAAAAACCAACCUGGUGGGACCCCUGAGAUCAGAGCUUGGGAAAUUGGAUUCCCUCGAGUCUUUGGACAUUCAGGUUACUUUCUUCCAAGGCAUCAUCCCAUCAGAACUGGAGAGCUUAAAUGAUACGUUGAGUGAUUUGUUCUUGGAGAAUACCUUCUUGACGGGAACAGUUCCAUCAGGCCUUUGCAGUGUCCCCCAGCUAUACUUCAACUGCUCAAGUGAUCUCUGUGGCUGUGAUUGUGAGUGUCAAUUCAUGGCUCAAGGUAGUGUAGAGGGAAAUGCCAAAGAGCCAUAA